AAGCCGGACGCAUACCAGGCGCUUAUGAUAACAGCCUCGUGUGUUGGGCGUCUGACGAGGUUAAUACCGGUAUGAAGACGCCCAAUGACUUACUGUACUCACCUUUGCAAUUUAGAGCAAUCUCAGCCACAAGAUGACCACAAUCCCUCCAACAAGUUCACCUCGAUCAUGCUCAACGCCACAAACUUGUAUCAAAAAACCACAGAUCACCAAAUCACUUCCAGCAUUUGAAGAUUAUAAAGAAGGCGUAAAUUCACUCGCAGUUUUGCCUGAUGGACGGCGUAUGGUCUCCUGCUCGAAAGACAGGACGCUUCGUCUGUGGGACUUGAACACAGGUGAUGUGAUGAAGAAGAUGGAGGGACACUACGAUAAAGUACGGAGCUUGGCGGUAUCACGAGAUGGGAAAUUGAUAGCAAGCGGUGAUAAGAGGGGAGAGUUCAUUGCCUGGGAGGGAGAAAGUGGCGAAUCUCUCACCGAAGCCAUCAAAGCCCACUUCUAUGCGAUUUCAACACUUGACUUUUCUCCCAAUGGCGCAGUACUGGCCACUGCCAGUUCAUCAUCGGAUGAGGUGAAGCUGUGGAGUACAGAAACAUGGCAAUUCCAUGGUCUAAUCGUGUGCAGUGGCCAAUAUCGCGACAUAACCCACUGCGUUCGGUAUUCCCCGUCUGGUGAACAUCUCGCCAUCGCGACAACGAAGAACGUCGAAAUAUAUAAUCCAGCCACAAGGCAAUGCGUCGCAAAAUUCAAGGGUCACAAAAAUGAGAACUUAGCACUCGCGUGGAUGCCCGAUGGCACACGGCUGCUCUCGGGAGGCUGUUAUAACGAUCCAAACAUACGUGAAUGGGAUCCAUUGACCUGGCAGCAGGUCGGCGAUCCAUGGACGGACGAUACUUAUAUGAAAUGUGUCCCCACCAUUGCCAUUCAUCCCACUGGCACCCUCAUCGCGUUCGCAUCUGUAGGUGGUCAUGUUGGGCUCUGGCGGAUCUCAGAUCGACGAACCAUCAUGAUCGCCGUUUCCAACUCGGACCCGGGCUGCACCCUGCAGCGUGUCACCUUCUCUACUGAUGGCAGGCGCAUCCUUGGCUGCGGAUGGCUUGAUGAGAUAAUCUCAGAGUGGGCAGUACCCGAGGACGCUUUGGCGGAGGAUGCUCCCAAUGAACAGCCCCUUCGUUAUCUCAUCUCGCGCAAGAAUGCUUUGCCGAAGGAUAUUCCAGAUGAUAACGCGACAAAGAAUGCAAGUCAGCAUCAAAUCAUCCCUCAAUGUUUCGAGAUCCUCGUUAUGAACCCGAGAGCCCGCAAUGCAUGCAUUUUUGGGGACUUGCCCACCGCCGAACGGUCGCUCACACAAGAGAUCAAUACUGAUUCCAAGAACUACGUCUCCUACGCCAAUCGCUCAUUUGUUAUGGCGAGAAAGUUGGACUGGGACCAAGCGCUUCAUGAUGCAACUGCCUCUGUCAGCAUUAAGCCCUCCCUCAUAGGCCAUAUCUGCAAGGGUCUCGCCCUCUGCGGCAAACAACAGCUCUGGGACGCAAUGAAAGCAUUUGACCUCGCGUUCACGUUCACGGACGGAGAUUCAAAGAAGGCUCAUUUUCUUUUCUUGAUCAAGUCCUUCGCGUUGUUCAAUGCAAAUCAAGAUAAAGAGGGUGUGAUCCCCGUCCAAGAACUAGCUAUCCGUCCCAAUCCUGAUCCUCUGGCUUGUCGUGUCGUGGAGGCGUAUAUGCGAGUACAGCUGGGAAUCGUUGCCGUGAAUGGCGCCCGUCACCAUGAAGCUGCUGGCCACUUCACUGCCGCUGUCAAAGCAGGUGCUUUCUUCUCUAAAUUGGACAUUCAUUCUCAGUAUGAGGAUUUUGUCGUGCUUUUUGGCUGGGACCUUAAGUCCUUGUGGCAAAUUGCAAAUCAGCAACGGUGCCAUGCACUACUCCGGACAGCCCGAUUUGGGGCAGCCCUCGAAUCUUACCGACACAUGAUGGACAUGAGUGAUGAAUCCACGAAGGCCAUCUUUCUUGCUUGGACGUCUGAUCUCGAUGAAUUUGAAUGAAGCGCAUUCUACCACUGUCAACGGAGAUGCUGCGUUUUAGUUACCCAUGCAUAUUGUAACACGGAGAUCUCUACGUCAUUCUGAUUUGCACCACGACAUUACCUUUGAGUUAGAGAAAGACAUGAAAUGUACUACAACCCA